UUUAAUUAUGACAAAAAAUAGAAUUUUUAACAAAUUUUAGAAAAAAGAAAGGAAAAAGUGGGUAAUCCUAUUCCCUAUGGCUGGUGCGACUUGCGAGGUGUAGACAUGAUGUGAUGUGAUGAAUUGAGGGGAAUCCAUUGAAGAGGCGAGGCGAGUUAAUCAGAAAUCAGAAUGCACUUGAGCGAGAACGAAGGGAUAGAGGGGAAGGCCUUCGUGGUCACCGGUGGACUGGGAUUCGUAGGAUCUGCUCUCUGCUUGGAGCUCAUCCGAAGAGGUGCUAGAGAGGUGCGAGCCUUUGACCUCCGCCUCUCUUCUCCAUGGUCGCGUCCUCUCAAGGUCAAGGGAGUCCUUUGCGUCCAAGGGGAUGUUGCCCGCAAAGAAGACGUGGAAAGGGUCCUCCGCGGUUCCGACUGCGUAUUCCACCUUGCGGCCUUCGGAAUGUCAGGCAAAGAGAUGCUCCAAUUUGGUCGCAUUGAUGAAGUCAACAUAAAUGGGACUUGCCAUGUUAUCGAUGCUUGCCUCCACCUCGGCAUCAAAAGGCUUGUCUACUGUAGCACAAACAAUGUUGUCUUUGGCGGUCAACAGAUCAUCAACGGGAAUGAGACAUUGCCCUAUUUCCCAAUUGAUCACCAUGUCGAUCCAUAUGGCCGCAGUAAAUCAAUUGCUGAACAGUUGGUUCUUAAGAACAAUGCCCGUACUCUCAAGAACGACUCCGGGAAUCGUCUUUACACUUGUGCUGUUCGUCCAGCUGCAAUCUAUGGACCGGGUGAAGACAGGCACCUUCCAAGGAUCGUAACCUUGGCAAAGUUGGGUCUCCUUUUGUUCAGAAUUGGCGACCAAACUGUAAAGUCAGAUUGGCUUUUUGUGGAUAACCUUGUCCUUGCUCUUAUAUUGGCGAGUAUGGGACUUUUGGAUGACAAUCUUAGCAAGGGGAAACGUCCUGUUGCUGCUGGCCAGGCCUACUUUAUAUCUGAUGGCUCCCCAGUCAAUUCUUUUGAAUUCCUGCACCCUCUACUUAGGAGUUUGGAUUAUGAACUGCCAAAGACUUCCCUACCGGUCGACCGUGCUCUUGUUCUCAGCAGGAUUUGCUGGGCUGUUUAUACAAUCCUAUAUCCAUGGCUCAAUCGGUGGUGGCUUCCACAGCCAUUCAUCCUUCCCUCUGAAGUACACAAGGUGGGAGUGACCCAUUAUUUCUCUUAUCUUAAAGCCAAAGAGGAGAUUGGCUAUUUUCCCAUGGUGACCUCGCGAGAGGGGAUGGCUUUGACCAUAUCUUACUGGCAAGAGAGGAAACGAACAACUCUGGAUGGACCAACAAUCUACGCGUGGUUGUUUUGUGUCAUUGGAAUGAUCUCACUGUUUUGUGGUGCUUUCUUACCUGACAUAGGGAUCAUGUCCCUUCUCAGAGCUACAUGUCUAUUUGUCUUUCGGUCAAUGUGGGUGACAAGGUUGGUGUUUCUUCUGGCUACAGCUGCACAUAUUGCUGAGGCCAUUUAUGCUUGGUACCUGGCUAAGAGGAUGGAUCCUGCCAAUGCAAGAGGAUGGUUUUGGCAAACUUUUGCUCUUGGGAUGUUUUCGUUGCGUUUACUAUUGAAAAGAGCAAGGAAAUAGGUAAGCUUUUGCAGAUUACUUGUACAAUUACAGUACAGGUUAGGAAAUCAAUACUGUUUUCUGUCCAUUGCAUGACAAAUGCAAACUACCAUUACCAAUAAUAUAUUCCACUAUCUAGCGCUAUGAGAUUCUUAGCAUUGGCCUUGUUAAAACUAGUCCAUCAUAGUGGAAGAUGUCGUCUUUUAUGAUCAGCCUCAGUUUUUAAAAUCAUUGUUGCAUUAUUUUUAGGAGCCCCAAAAAUAAAAACUUGUCCAUCAUACACCGUUGAAUGCAAUUUAUUGGAUAUAUUAAUAUUAA